AUGAACGCCUCCGCAACAAUCAGGGCCUCUUACGUCCGGGCGUCCAUAAUGAACACUCGCCCAGUUCAGCUCAGCUCUAUGCCACGAAUCCAAGAACUUGAAUCCCGUCCCGCACACAACCAUAAACUCGCCAAUUUCCAGCCCGUAAACCAUCUCCAACACCGUGAAGAAUGUGAAAGAGAAAGGCAAGAAGCAGAAGCACCGCCACCGUAUUUCCCAGAUGAUGGACAAUCUUAUCCGUCGAAUUCCUUCAUGGACUUCGACGACGAAGAAGCCUCAUCAGAUUUCGGAAUCCGUCUUCGUAAAAUGUACACCAUCUUCCCUUACCGUGAUCCCAUCUACCUUGUCGCCGUGGCCUUCGCCCUCGGAAGUGUCGACCUCGUCAUCAACGCCUUUUUCGACCUCCUCCCGCGCACAAUACCAGAAACUUCUUUUGAAACAGAGGAGACAAUCGCGGUCCCAACCACCGUCCUAAUCGGCUCAACACUCUUCCUCAUUGCUGGAAUCCUCGAUUCCUUCGGUGCACUGAAUGCAGAUCGCGGUACAUUGCAAACUUCCAAAGACGUUGAAUCCACACACACUCGCACAGAGUAUAAGCCAGCAUUACUAGGAAGUAAGGAGUGGGCGUGGAUACCAAGUCGAGGGAAGUUCACAGAUCUGCUGUUUGGGAAUCUAGCGUUCCAAGCUGGGCUUAUUGUCCUGUUCGGUGGUAUCAUCUUCAUGGUCGCUGGCAUCACUGACUUCCCUGGCGUCAUUCCCGAAGACUCGACUUUCUUUGGGCUCGUUGUGUUUGGGCCGCAGGUCGUGCAUGGGUUUAUGUUUCUUGUUGCGAAUGGCAUGUUAGCGAUUUACGAGCAGGAGAGAUGGUGGAAGCCGAAAGUUCUGGAUGCAGAUUGGCAAGGUGCAUUUUUGAAUGCAGUGGGCGGAUUUGGGUUUCUGAUGGCUGGGUUCUUCCUUUUUCGGAGGGAGGAUCUAGCCGCAGCGGUUGCAGCUAUGGGUGGGAGUUGGGCUUUUUUAGUGGGUAGUUUGGUGAGGUGGUAUGCGGUCAUGGAUUUUGUCGCUUCAAUAAUACUGUGCGUUGCCACUUAG